AUGGAUUUUGAUAGAAAGGUAGUAGAUGAUGUACAAAAAGAAAGAAAUAUAAUAAACUUAUCUAAAAUAUAUCACAGAAAGCUCGAGGCUCUUUUAAUUUAUAUAAAUAUUCCCAAAAAAAAAAAAGAUUAUAUUUGCUAUGCUGAUUUUUUUAAUAAUGUGAAAGAUGUAUGCUCAUAUAUAAAUACAAUAUCUAAAUCUGAAGUUGAAAAUUGUGAUAAUAUAUUUAAAGAUGAAAAUAUAAAAAUAAAUGCAGACAAAAAUAUCUUUAUCAAAAAUUUACUUAUUUUUCUAAACAAUUUAAUAUCAUUAUAUUUUUCUAAAAGUGAUUUAAUAGAUGUAUGUAUAAAUAGACGGGGAUACAACAAAUGUGGGUUCUAUGCUUGUGAUAAUAUUUUUUUAAAUAAUAUAAAUAAAAGUAAAUAUAAAAUUGACACAAAAAAUAAACAUAUUUAUUUAAGGGAGUACUAUGAUAUAUUUUGUUCACCAAAUUGUAUGAAUUACAAUUUAUAUUUAAUAAAAGAAAUAGUUAAUAAUAAUAAAAAUAACAAAGAAAAUGUUAAUCUCAAAAAAAAAUGUCAACUUAUUCAUAUAAUGUUACUAACAUUUUUCCCUUUUUUUAAACUUUAUGAUAUUAAUUUUUUAUUUAACAAUAUUGAUAAAAUUAAAAUUGUGAAUAAUCAAAUCUCAUUUAUCAAUGGCAUUACUUCAGAAACCCACAAUCAAACUCCCCUUUCCAAACCCCAAAUUCCCAAUGGGGUUAUCGAAAAUGGAAAACCCGAAGAAAAUCAAAAAACGAGCGAAAAUGGCAAACCCGAAGGCAAUGUAAAGAAAAAAACAAAAUCUGUAAGUUUCAGUGAAUAUAUAAAAAUGUUCAAAUAUUUUAAAGAUGAAUGUGUCAACGAAUAUUCUGUAAAUAACAGUUGUAUUUAUAAAAACAAAAUAAAUGAUCAUGAAAUAAGUUUGAACGAAACAAAAUCUGAAAUUUCAAAUGAUAUGUUUGAAAAAAACGACACAAAUAUCUCUGAUAAUAUAAGCAAAGAAGUAGACAAAAGCGAAAUGGAUGGAAUAAACUCCUUAAAAGAAAUGGAUAAUGAUGUUAGUAGUGAAAAAAAUAAAGAAAUAAAUGAAAAGGUUGAUCAAAAUAGUGAUAGGGAGAAGUGUGAUAAUACAAUCAAUGAUAAAAUAUUUGAAGAUAAUGAAAAAAGAGAAGAUUUUGAGAAUAGCGAAAAAAUAGACAGCACAAAUGGGUGUUUACGUGAAGAAGAAAUGAAUAAAAUAUAUGAACAAGUCAGAAAUUCUAUGAUUUUUAAUAAAAAAUAUUCCUUUGAAAAUAUAUGGAAACAAACAACUUUAGAUGGAACAAAAAUGAUAGGAUUCGACUAUACAAAAGAAGAUAUUAUAAAUAGUGCUUCUCAAAAAAUGAGUGAAAUUAAUUUAAAAUUAAACAAAGAAAAAAAAGUUAUCCUACUAAAUGAUUCAAGCAAAAAACAAACAACCUUAACAAGCAAUAAUAUAUCCAAAGAAAAUACUGAUGAUAAAAAAUCGAACGUUGAAAUGUUAGACUCUAAUAUUGUUCGAAGCCAAUCAAAUUCAGAAAAUUCCAUCUCUGAAAAAAAUAAUAUAAAUGAAGUUUCAAUUUUAAAAAAAAAUAGUGUAGAUCAAGAAAAAUUGAUUACGAUCGACAAACAAGAUAAAUCUUGUGAAAUUAGCGAACCUUCUGAAUCUAACGAUAUUGAGAUGUCAGAAAUAGAAAAUAUAUUAAUGGAAAGGAAACAAAAAAUUAAAGAAGAAUAUUUUGAAAAAUUUAAAAAUCCAAUUUCAGCAUAUUUUGAUGGCCCAUGUACUAUUACCGAAGAACACGAAUCCGAAAUCCCUAAUCAAAAUAAUUCUGAAUGUAAAAUAGAAGAAAAAAAUAAAUUGUUAAAUGAAUUCGAAUAUGUUGAAACAAUUGAAUCAGAUAUUUCUGAUAAUAUGUUAGAAACAGAGAUAAAAGAUGAUUUUGUAACAAAUAAAUAUCUGCAUAGUGCUAAAGGAAUAAAUAUUUAUGAAAACAUGUCACUAUAUGUAGUAUUAUGGGAUAUAUUUACAAGCAAUAUAUCAAAAUAUACUGUUUAUUUUUUUGAGAAAAGUGAAUUUAUUAUUCCUAAAUCUAUUAAUGAUGAAGAAAAAGAAAGAAAAAAUGAAUUUAUUAAUAAUAUUUCUAAAUAUAUACCAAUAUAUGUUAAUUUUCUUUCUUCGAUAAUUUUAAAUGUAUGUAGAACAUUUUUAUUUCACAAACCUUUGUUGCCUUUUAAAAAAAUUAUUUAUAAAUCAAUUAUUUGUGUUAUUGUUGUUGCAAUAAAAAAGCAUAAAGAAGAAUUAAUACCAAAAUGUGAACAUAACAAUAUUAAAUUAGCUGAAGAUUAUUUAAUUCAGGAAAAUAAAAUUGAGGGAGAUGAGUUAAAUGAUUUAUCCAUGCUUUUUUUUCAAAACAAUUUUUACUAA